CGCGUCAUGGGCAGAAAAGCAGCAGGGAAGUUAUCCCAGAAACCAGCCCCAUUGCCCGAAACACCCGAUCGCACAAGUGACCCACAAUGGCAGUUGAAAACCCAUUCACCCGCUUCGGAGGCCGUCCCGUCAUUCUGGACGGCGGCCUCGCGACCGACCUCGAAACCCACUUCGGGAAGGAUCUGUCGGGAGGUCUAUGGAGCGCAAAGCUUUUGAGGGAAGACCAGGAAUCCAUCAAGGCUGUGCAUAGGCGGUACUUUGAUGCUGGGGCUGACGUAGCAACAACAUCCUCCUACCAAGCCUCUCUCGAAGGCUUUGCAUCAGUCGGCAUCUCCCACACAGAUGCCCUGCGCCUAAUGCGUCUCUCCAUAACUCUCGCCAUCGACGCUCGGUCAGAACACAUGGCAAAUCGCCCAUUAAAGGAUACACGGCCACUCCCGCUUAUCGCAGCCUCGGUCGGUUGUUACGCUACCUUACUGGCGGAUGGGAGCGAGUAUACAGGGAUCUAUCCGGCUGAUGUCACGGAGGAAACGAUCUCCGCGUUUCAUAUCUCGAGGGUCAUGGCACUCCUAGGGAGUGAAUCCCCCACAUCGACUACACAACACCACCAACCAGACAUAAUAGCCUUCGAAACCAUCCCCUCCCUCCUCGAAGCCCGCGCCCUCGCCCUCGCCUGCUCCACCCAUCCCAUCCUCUCCACAUUCCCCUCCUGGGUCACAUUCACCUGCCAACCAAACGGUCGCGUCGCCCACGGUGAAAAGCUCGCAGACUGCAUCGCGGCCCUGGACAUCGCGCCUUCCAUCGUCGCCGUCGGGAUCAACUGCACUGACCCUGCCCUCUGCGAGGAUCUCGUGCGCAUCGCCGCGACUGCUGCAAAGGGACGGACGGUGAUUGUUUAUGCGAAUAGUGGAGAGGUGUAUGAUGGUGUGCGCAAGACGUGGAUCAGGAAGGAGGGCGUUGUCGGUGGGCCGGGGUGGUAUGCGGAGUGUGCGAGGAGGUGGGUUGAGGCUGGGGCGGAUGCCGUUGGUGGGUGUUGUCGGACGGGUCCGGAACAUGUUAGGGCGGUUUUUGAGGGGUUGAGGGGGUAGAGUUGAGGCGGGUGGGGGAGGUGGUUUGCGAUAACGCUAUGCUCAGGUAGAUGCGGCGUAGGUCUAGUUUUUUGGACAGCUUGAGGAAGACAAAUCAAUGGAAUGCAAGUCACUACGUUUUGCGACAGCACAUCUCUGUUCCGGGCCAGCCCUAGACUGCGAGAUGUAGACACAAU